UACCACAGAGUGAAUAAUAAAUUGACGACGGAAGUUAAAGUUACGUUUAGGUUCAAACUAUGAAUGCUAAAUACGGUGCGACAAACGCUGAAAUUAUAGAGAACAGUGUAAAGGAGGACGACCCUGUUAAGGAAAUUGAUUUGAGUAUCCCAUGCAAGAGGCGAGGAUGGUGGCGAGUGAACCAAAAUCUGCUUUACGGCUUAGGCCAUAUGUACAACGACCUAUGUGCAGCAAUGUGGUUUUCCUAUAUGAUGCUGUUCUUCCAAGCGGUACUUGAAAUGAGGGCUGUCGUAGCCGGCGCGAUGCUAUUGUUAGGUCAAGUGGUAGAUGCCCUCGCGACUCCAGUCGUCGGCGUUUUGGCUGAUAAGUACAGCACUAAGAAAUUUUGGCAUUUAAUAGGUUGUGCAGUGGUAACGUGCACGUUUCCUCUACUAUUCAUACGAUGCUGGGGAUGCAGACCCGGCGUCAACACAGAAUAUCUGUCCUGGUGGAUGCCUUUUUAUUACGCUAUCCUAGUCAUAUUCUUCCAAAUAGGUUGGGCGGUAGUGCAAAUCUCCCACUUGGCAAUAAUACCAUCAAUUACUGACAAUCUACAGAUACGCUCAGAAUUGACGUCAAUAAGAUAUAUGGCUUCAGUUAUAUCGAGUCUAACUGUCUACUUCAUAACGUGGAUCGUUUUGAGAGCGACUAACUACAGUACGUUUAUUGGACCAUCAGAUGAUUACAAAUUUCGGGACGUAUCACUAAUUAUUUCAAGCAUUGGAAUAGCUUCUAGUAUAAUAUUCCAUGUAUUCUUUAAACUAAAACCUCCUAUAGAAGAGAUUAAACCUAAAGAAAAUGGGCGUUCAGUGGAAGCCGGUGAAAAAGAUUCUACAAUACUAUCGGCAAAGUCCAAAAUAAUGCAUUUCUUGCAAAUGCCUUUGUUAUACCAGACAAGUUUAUUGUACGUUUUUUCGAGGUUGUACUGGGCAUUGAGUCUUGUUUACGUUCCUCUUUUCCUAGAGGAACGGUUAUCAGUGAAUCCAAACGCAGCUGAGGGCUCGGAAUUAGUUGCCAGCGUACCUCUCGUACUUUAUAUCUCGUCGUUAUUUUUCUCCUUUCUGUUAAAAAGCAACAUUAACAAAUUGGGACACCAGGUUGCGUAUCUGAUUGGCAGCUUUCUCAGUCUGGUGAGCUGUAUGUGGAUUGCAUUAGCAAUAAACCCAGAAGCAAAUGUAGUACAAAUAUAUUUGGUGGCAACAUUAAUAGGCGCUGGCAGUUCUAUUACCCUAGUCUCCAGUCUAUGUGUCACAGCUGAUUUGAUAGGACCACACUCACACCAGGGCGCGCUGAUUUACUCUAUUGUGACGUUUGCGGACAAGUUGGUGACAGGAAUCGCUGUGGUUGCUAUCGAAAACUAUAAAUGUGACGAUGCGCUGGAUUGCCCGCAGUACUACCGUGGAGUUCUCACAUACGCGUGCGGAGGCAGUGCAGUUCUCGGCAUACUCUCCUUAUCUAUAACUACUCUAACUUCUAAGCGUUGUAAAACUUAAGAAUGUAAUAUAAUUUUUGGCUCCAUGAAUGAGUCUGGAAGUGAUUCUAUGAGUGAGAAGGGUGGAAAGAGUGAUUCCAGUGGAACAGGUUCAGGAAGCGAAAGUGAGAGUGGUUCAAGUUCUUCUGGUUCGGGGACUCCUGGCCAAUCAGGAUCGGACAAGUCGUCGAAUGCUGACAGAUCACAACAGAGUGAUGAUGCAAAAUCAUCACCAAAACACAGCAAUGCUAAUUCUUCUAAAUCAGAUCAUCACACUGACAAAGACUCUUCAGACGAUUCUAUCACAAAGCGUAAAUCUAGAAACAAUCAUGGUAAAGUUAAAUCAGAUCUAUGGGAAGACAAUCCUGACAUGUUUGGUAUUAGGCGAUCAGGUCGUUCAAGAAAAGUUCCAGAUAGAUUAAAACUCGCUGAUAGUGACUCUAGUGAUAAAGGACGAAGUCAUACUAGAAAAAGUAGAAGAAAGAGUGACUCUUGGAAUUCAGAUACCUCAGAUAGUGAUAGCGACCUAAAAGGUUCACCACCUCCACCGUCAAAACGACCAGGCCAAAGAAGUGUACCUUUAAGAAAAAAGAAACCAACAAGAAGAAGAUUUACAAGUGAUGAAGAUGAGAGCUCGGAAGCUUCUGAUGAAGAUACUAAGAGAACUGCAACACGACGUGCGGGGGCUGCAGUAAGCUACAAAGAAGCUAGUGAUGAACAGACUGACUCGUCUGAUCUUUUGGAGAAUGAGGGGGGUGAAGAUGGGGAGGGAGAAGCGGAACCGGAGCUCGAAGAUCACAGUGAGACUAUUGAAAGGGUUUUGGGUCAACGACGCGGAAAGAAAGGAGUCACGGGAAAUGUGACUACAGUUUACUAUGUAGAAGAGCAUGGCGAUCCAAAUGAAGGUUGUGAUCCUGAGGAUGAGGAAUCAACUGAACAACAGUACCUGAUUAAAUGGAAAGGCUGGUCGCAUAUCCACAAUACAUGGGAGUCGGAGAAAACACUAAAUGAACAAAAAGUUAAGGGCAUGAAAAAGUUGGAAAAUUAUAUAAAGAAAGAAGCUGACUUAUCUUGGUGGAGAAAGCAAGCAUGCCCUGAAGAUAUUGACUAUUUUGAAUGUCAGUCUGAAUUACAACAAGAGCUAGUCAAAACAUAUAAUAGCGUCGAAAGAAUAUUUGCUGAACAAACGAGAGAAUUAGAAGGAGGUGGAACAGCCCACGAAUACUUCUGUAAGUGGGAGUCGUUGCCGUACGCGGACUCAACAUGGGAAGAUUCACCUCUUAUAGUAAAAAGGUGGCCUGAAGAAGUAGAACACUUCAAAUACAGGGAAGCGGCGAAGACAACACCAUCCAGGCAUUGUCCUGUUUUAAAACGCCGUCCCAAAUUCCACCAAGUCAAAGAACAACCAGAAUACAUGGGCAAAGAUCAGACUUACAUACUGAGAGAUUAUCAAAUGGAUGGGUUGAAUUGGUUAAUACAUUCCUGGUGUAAAGACAAUUCCGUUAUAUUAGCUGAUGAAAUGGGGUUAGGCAAAACUAUACAGACAAUAUGUUUUUUAUACUAUCUGUUUAAAACGCAACAAUUAUACGGGCCUUUUCUCUGCGUUGUACCCCUAAGUACAAUGACUGCGUGGCAGAGGGAGUUCGCGCAAUGGGCGCCAGAUAUUAAUGUCGUAACUUACAUCGGCGAUGUAAGCAGUAGGCAUAUUAUCAGGCAAUUUGAGUGGAGCUUUGCCAGUUCGAAGAGAUUAAAAUUCAACGCAAUACUUACGACUUACGAGAUUUUAUUGAAAGAUAGACAGUUUCUGAGGUCCUUCAGUUGGGCUUGCUUGUUAGUCGAUGAAGCUCAUAGGUUGAAGAAUGACGACUCAUUGUUAUACAAGGCACUUAAGGAAUUUGAUACCAACCAUAGAUUGCUGGUCACUGGUACACCGUUACAGAAUUCUCUCAAAGAAUUAUGGGCGCUUCUACACUUCAUAAUGCCUUAUAAGUUUGAAACAUGGGAAGAUUUCGAGAAAGAUCAUGAAGAUGCAGCAACAAAAGGUUAUGAGAAGUUACACAAACAAUUAGAACCUUUUAUCUUGAGGCGGCAGAAGAAAGAUGUGGAAAAAUCAUUGCCUGCAAAAGUGGAACAAAUAUUAAGGGUGGAAAUGACAGCAAUACAAAAACAGUACUACAAGUGGAUUCUUACAAAAAACUAUAGCGCAUUGCGAAAAGGUGUAAAAGGCUCAAUAAAUACAUUCAUUAAUAUUGUUAUAGAGCUAAAGAAAUGUUGUAAUCAUGCUCUCCUUACUAAACCAGAGGAGUUUGAGACUAGAGCUUCACUUGCUACUACAGACGCUGUUGAGAAACUACUGCGGGGCUCUGGAAAACUUCUGUUAUUGGACAAACUGUUAUGCAGGUUGAAGGAAACUGGUCACCGUGUUCUUAUAUUUUCUCAAAUGGUUAGAAUGCUGGACAUAUUGGCCGAAUACUUACAAAGGCGGCACUUUUCGUUUCAACGUCUCGAUGGAAGCAUAAAGGGGGAACUGAGGAAGCAGGCUCUUGACCAUUUUAAUGCAGAAGGUUCCCAGGACUUUUGCUUCUUACUGUCGACACGUGCUGGUGGCCUCGGUAUCAACUUAGCGACUGCGGACACUGUAAUUAUAUUUGAUUCCGAUUGGAACCCGCAAAAUGAUUUGCAAGCUCAAGCUCGCGCCCAUCGUAUCGGACAAAAAAAUCAGGUCAAUAUUUAUCGAUUGGUAACCGCCAGGUCGGUGGAAGAAGAUAUCGUUGAGAGGGCAAAAAGAAAAAUGGUUCUCGAUCACCUUGUGAUACAAAGAAUGGACACUACAGGGCGUACCGUGCUCAACAAGCGCGACGCGGCAGGAACCAACGCUAGCAACCCAUUUAACAAGGAAGACUUGAAUGCCAUUUUGAAAUUUGGUGCUGAGGAAUUGUUCAAAGAUGAUGAUGAAAAUGAAGAAGACCCUGUUUGUGACAUAGAUGAAAUUUUACAAAGAGCAGAAACAAGAGAUGAAGGGCCCUCUAUGGUGGGUGAUGAAUUACUUUCAGCAUUCAAAGUGGCUAGUUUCGCUUUUGAUGAAGAAAAAGCUGUCAUGGAAGUCAAGAAAGAUGGCACAGAAGAAGCAGCAAAGGACUGGGAUGACAUAAUUCCAGAACAUGUUAAGAAAAAUUUAGAAGAGCAAGAGAAAAAUAAAGAAAUCGAGGACUUGUACUUACCACCUAGAAGAAAGAAUAUGCAACAAAAUAAUGCUGAAGGCGGUCGAAAGAGACGAGGUCGCAGUACUGGUGAGGGCGGCGAGGGAGCGGAUGGGGAUGCCGAGAGUGAUGGUUCGGACCCCGACGCGAGUGGCGAUGACGACCGACCCCGGAAACGCGGUCGACCUGCCGCUUCACAUAGGGAGAAAAUUAAGGGCUUCACUGAUCAAGAGAUAAGGAGGUUCGUUAAGAGCUACAAGAAAUUCUCUGCACCAUUAAAGCAUUUGGACAGCAUAGCAUGUGAUGCAGAGCUACAAGAGAAACCAUUGGCUGAACUGAAAAAGUUAGGAGAAAUACUACAAGAGAGAUGCAAAACUGUAUUGAAUGACACCAAGGAUGUACCCAACGAGCAGAGUGACGGUCGUAAGAAUGCAAGAAAAACUUUCAAGCUUGGCGGUGUGCCUGUUAACGCCAAAACAAUGGCAGCCUGCCAGGACGAACUCGCGCCCUUGGACGAUUUCUUGCCACAAACUAAAGAAGAAAGACUGAAAUGGCAAUUGGAUUUUAGGACGAGACCGGCAAAUUUCGAUACUGAAUGGGGAGUAGAAGAUGACUCGAAAUUGUUAGCAGGCAUUUAUCAAUAUGGUAUGGGAUCAUGGGAAGCUAUCAAAAUGGAUUCGUCAUUUGGUAUAGGUGAUAAAAUUCUCACGAAUGAAGUCAAAAAGCCACAGGCGAAGCAUUUACAAUCGAGAGCAGAUUAUUUGUUGAAGUUAAUAAAGAAAUUACUGGAUCAGAAAAACGGUAAACAGAAACAGAAGAAACCAAGAAUGAAAAAGGGAGCCAAAGAACCUAUAACCAAGGAUAUCAUAGAAGAUGAUCUAAGUUCUGGGGCUGAGAGCAAAAAAGGAAAUAAAAACUCUAAAAAUGAAAAAGGAGAUAAGGGCAAAUCAAAAGUUGAAGAUGUUUUGACACAUGAUGAAACAUCUAAUGACAGAAAAGAGAAAGACAAAAAGCGCUCAAAAAAGGAAGGUAAAGAUCGAACUAAAAAUGAUAAAGUUCGAAGUCGUAAAAAGCCAGUAGGUCCCAUGCACUUCACAGCCAACAAUGAACCUAGAGCUUUAGAAUUGCUAGGUGAUCUUGAUCCAUCUGUAUUUGAUGAGUGCAAAGAGAAAAUGAGGCCAGUGAAGAAAGCUCUACGCGCUCUGGAUAAUCCUGAUCAAACACUGUCAGAAUCGGAACAGGUUUCGCGGACCAGAGCUUGCCUGACUCAAAUAGGCAGCCAAAUAGAUAUAUGUUUAGCUGAAUACCCAGAUCCAGAAAAAAAAGUUGAAUGGAGAAGUAAUCUGUGGUAUUUUGUGUCCAAGUUUACAAAUUUUGAUGCAAAGCAAUUGUACAGGUUGUAUAGAUAUGGUCUAAAAAAAAGUGAUACUAAGAAGGUUGGAAAGCAUAAAGAAAAUAAGUCCAAUGUAAAAAAUAACAUAAAUAACUCAAAUAAUCAUGUCAAGUCGUAUAAGAAAGGAAGUAAACAUGACGAUAGUGACAGAAAAGAGAAAAGGCCGAAAUCCGACAAAGAUAAAGGUGAUAAGACUAAUGACAAGUCUCCACAUGCCUCAGGGAUUAAAAGGAAGCUGGAAGAAGGAGAAUGUGACCCUGAACCAACCGAAAAUAAACGACACGAGAGACAUAAACACAAGCACAAGGAUCGCAGAGAUAGAGAAGGAAGCUUGAAGCGGGACGAUUUGAUCUACAGAGAGCGGAGCCGGUCGGAGCGGGAGAGAGAACGCGACCGUGAUCGGGAUCGGGACCGGGAGCGAGAUCGGGACCGCGAUCGUGGAGAUCGUGAGCGGGACCGCGAGCGUGACAGGGACCGGGAACGUUCGCGUACGCGGCGUGAUAGCGGAGGCGGGGGUCCUCGGGUGCGUCCGCCCUAUGCGCAGCACGCGCACUCGGACCACGCCGUGCAUCCAGCGCACCCAGCGCACCCUACGCAUCCCGCUUGGACUCCACCUGCCUACCCCGGGCCCAGACAAUACCGAGGCGGAGAACGGACCGCGCGUCCUCAUGAUAAGAGAAGGUUCGGAGGCUACGGAGCAAUGGCAGGGCCAUAUGGCAGCGGUUAUUUUGAAGGCGCUGUGGUCCCAGCCAGCAUGGGUUUCCCGCCCGUACGUCCCUACCCGGACGAUUGGCGCGGUUACGCACAGCCGGAGUACGCUUACGAUGAGCGAGACUACGAGCGCGAGGUCUAUAGAAGAGAUUACGACCGACGCGCUCCUCCAACUUAACUAGCUCAUACAAUGAGCAUUGAUCAACUGUCUGUAAAUAUAGUUUUAAUUAAUACAAAAUAUGUAAAUAGCCGUAGAGAUCUCUUUCUGUGGACGCUGAUCUAGACUAUUAACUGUAAAGUGUAAGUGACAAAUAGUGCUGUGGAUUUUAUCGUGAUAAGCGAAGUGCGUCAUCGAUUUCGACUUUGGACAUUUAAUAAUAUUAUGACUAUGUAAGUGAGACUGUAUAGUGAAUUUAUUUAUUACCAAGUCUGUUCGAUUUAUUUGUUAAUUGUACAGAAGUUAGACAAAUAAAAUUUUUUUUUUUAUAUUGUUCCAAUUUUGUUGCCAAUUUUACCGGAUUGAAUUAAUGGUAUUGUGAUCUGCUAAUUUCUCUUGAUUUACUAUUUAUUCAGCGCUUCAAUUUAGGUGAUUAAUUUGAAAGAGACAGCCAGGUGAUAUGCGUAGUCCUUAGUCGAUGUACAAAAUAUAGCAUACGUUAGUAGAUUUGCAUAGUAAAGUAAAUCAUGUGCAAUCCAGAACAUUGUGUAUAGCUUAAAGGAACACAAACUUUGUCAUUGCAUUUUAGCAGUGGAAAGGAAAGAGCUGGGUUUGUAUUUCCUUUCUCGUACAUGCAUUUCAGAGUCCUUGUGGGGACUCGUACAGUCCUAUUUUUAUACAUAAUUAUGUAAAGCCUUAUUCUCUGUUACAUGAUGCUAAUGAGUGUAAUACGAGUGGGAGAGUCUUGAUGGUGUAUACCACAAUAAUAAACAUUAUUAAAGUUGAAA